CAUCAUCGCUCCGCAGCCUCGUGCGGUCCUCACUCCCACUCCCACGCUUCUCUCCUCCUCCCCCAUCUCCGCGCGGCCACGGCCAUGUGGGCCCUCAACCUGAAGGCGGGCGGCGGGGGGCCCUGCCUCACGCCGAGGCGGCGCCCCCUCGCCGCCGGCGAGGCCGCCCCGUGCUCCGUGGCGGCGGCGUGGGCGGGGAGGAGGGUCGGGGGGAGGCGCGGCAUGGCGCUGGUGGCGGUGGGCGCGUCGGGGAGGAGGGGCAAGGACGGCCCAGGCGGCGGCGAUGGCGGGGACGAUGAGGCCAAGAGCAAGGCCUCGUCUUCUUCCGGAAAUGACGAUGCGGCCUCCACAGGUGACAGCUCUGAUGGAUUGAACCAACUGCAUAACGAAUCCAAAUCCAAUAUCUCUAACAGCAAUUACUGGAGAGAUGUCAGAGCAAACCUUGUGCGCCGGGAGCAGGAGCUCUUGGUAGAUCCAAGUGCACCCGCAGAGCAGAAAACAUCAUCAGGAGAACCAGCACACCAGCUUCCUCAAAAGUGGGCUCACCCUAUUACAAUGCCAGAAGCAGGGUGUGUCUUGGUUGCUACCGAAGUGCUUGACGAUGAUAGCAUCUUCGAAAGAACUGUCAUUCUCCUCCUUAGACUAGGUUCCAGAGGCACAUUUGAUAGCCCGUUUGGAGUCAUCCUGAACCGUCCACUCUACACAAAGAUCAAGAAUGUGAAUCCAUCAUUCCAGGACCAGGCAACUCCGUUCGGUGACUCCCCCCUCUUCUUCGGAGGCCCUGUCGACAUGAGCAUGUUCCUGGUGAGGGCCAGUGACAACUCUCGUCUCAAGGGGUUCGAGGAGGUCAUACCAGGCAUUCGCUUUGGCUUCCGGACCGACCUAGAGAAGGCUGCUGUUCUGAUGAAGAGUGGGGCAAUUAAGAGCCAGGACCUGAGGUUCUUCGUCGGGCACGCUGCGUGGGAUUACGAGCAGCUGUUGAGCGAGAUCAGGGCAGGAUACUGGGCCGUCGCCUCCUGCAGCACGGAGCUGAUCAGCGAUGCACUGACAGGCGAUCCUUCUUGUCUCUGGACCGAGAUAUUGCAGCUGAUGGGAGGGCAUUACUCGGAGCUCAGCCAGAAACCAAAGGAAGACAACCAGUAGAUGCUGCUCAUAUGUACCAUGACAAACAGCUAAAGGUUGUAUCUGUCCUGUACAUAAUUGAAAUAGGAUAAAUCUCACCUAGUACAACUCUAGUCUCAUGCCCUCCAUGCUUCUUGUAGCAACUAGCAACUGCUAUGUAUGCAACUAUUGAAUAUGCAUUUAUCAUGCUCAAAUAAGCUCUGCACGAUGAUUGCGAAUGGA